ACACAGACUGUUCAGGAGGCUCUUCAGCGAACUCUACAAUUCUACAGACAACAAGAGAUCAGGUGUGAGGAUGUUGAAAGUGAUGAAAGGCGACGAGAGAAGAAAGAGAAGUGCCAGUUGCUGGAAAAUUCUGGUUCAGAGGAAGAUGUCCUACAAAUCCUUCAGUACAUGGGCACGAUAUUAGGAGUACCGUUCUGUGAGCUGCGAGAGCAUUUUGGUGAGGAGUUUUUUGGCCUCUGCUUUGAAGAAAACGAGCGCGUGCUUCGGGCCGUAGGCGGCAACCUUCAGGAUUUCUUCAAUGGUUUUGACGCCAUUUUAGAACACAUUCGCACCUCCACGGGGCGCCGCGCCUCAUCGGAGAGCCCCUCCUUCCAGUGCAAGGACCCCCACGAGGAGGAGAAAGGAAGAGGGAAAUUGAACAAAGUUGGCAAUCGUGGAGACGAAGCUGGAAGAGGGAAGGUGUUGCUUCUUCAUUGUUUCAACCCUGCACCUGUUGUCGGAUUAGUUAUGCCAGGUUUGAUUAGAGCUGUUGCUAGGCGGAUCUUUCACUCAGAAGUUGAGGUGGAAGAGGUGCCACCUCUAACUCCCCUGCUGCCAAACGAAGAUGCAGAACAUACAGACUGUGACUCUACAAGCCCCACUCCCACGGCRUCCCCCACUGCCUCGCCCUCCUCAUCCCCAUCCCCUCCCUCUCUUUUUCCAACCUCUGUUCCUACAGUUUGCCUCUCCUUCCUAAUCCAGGAGACGUGCCCUCCCUCCCUCUUCUCCCACCCCAGUUCUGCCUCGGGGAGCACCAGCCGGCCCCCGCUCUCACUCUCCACCAACCCCAGCGACCUGCGCAUUUCCCUGGCCACGUUUUGCCGUGCCUUUCCUUUUCACCUGGUCCUGGGGCCUCGCAUGGAGCUGCUGCAGCUUGGAGAGGGACUGAGGAGACAGGCUCGCAUUGAGCCUCUCCGGAGCCUCUCAUUUAGAGACUGUUUUGAGAUUGUCUCGCCCAAGAUGGAUCCCUCGUUCCAGGGCAUCCUGCUGAGACUUGCAUCCCCGUUUACCAUCCGGACCAGGCCCGACAGCACACAGGCUGGCACCAAGGAAAAGGUGAUGGAGCUAAAGGGUCAGAUGAUCCACGUGCCCGAGUCCUGCUCCUUGAUGUUCUUGGGCUCUCCUCGUGUGGAUAAGCUGGAGGAGCUGAUGGGCAGGGGUCUCCAUCUGUCAGAUAUCCCUAUCCAUGAUGCCACGCGGGACGUUAUCCUUGUAGGGGAGCAGGCCAAGGCCCAAGAUGGCCUGAAGAAAAGAAUGGACAAACUCAAGGCCACGCUGGAGCGCACACACCAGGCUCUGGAGGAAGAAAAAAGGAGGACCGUGGACCUCCUGUAUUCAAUAUUCCCGGGCGAUGUGGCGCAGAAACUGUGGCAGGGUCAGCCGGUGCCCGCUCGUAAAUUUGAUGACGUCACCAUGCUGUUCUCGGACAUCGUGGGCUUUACCGCCGUGUGUGCCCAGUGCACGCCCAUGCAGGUUAUCUCUAUGCUGAAUGAACUCUACACGCGCUUUGACUACCAGUGUGGCAUUCUGGAUGUUUAUAAGAUUGAGACAAUAGGUGAUGCCUACUGUGUGGCUGGAGGACUUCAUAAGAAGGUUGACAGCCAUGCGAAACCAAUCGCUCACAUGGCUCUGAAGAUGAUGGAACUUUCUGAAGAAGUACUGACACCUGAUGGGAAACCUAUCAAGCUAAGAAUAGGUAUCCACACAGGUUCGGUUCUGGCAGGCGUGGUUGGAGUGAAAAUGCCACGUUACUGUCUGUUUGGGAACAACGUGACUCUAGCCAGCAAGUUCGAAUCGGGAAGCCAUCCGAGGUGCAUCAAUGUCAGUCCGACGACAUACCUAUUGCUGAAGGACGACCGCUCUUUUUCUUUUGUCCCCCGCUCACGCCAGGACCUCCCAGAUAAUUUUCCCAAAGAGAUUCCAGGGACAUGUUACUUCCUGGAGGCAGGCACGUCCCACAGCCACGCUUCUCUCACCAGCUCCCGCUCCGCCCCCCCGGCCUCCAUGAGGAAAGUCUCCUACAGCAUCGGGACCAUGUUUCUAAGAGAAACAAGCUUGUAGAGUCACACACCGACCAGUUUGCACAGGUGUUCGUAAUGUGAGCGACUGGACUUGCUUGAACUCGAGGAACAUGUAGGAAACAGAAUUUUUGGAUAUGCAAAUGCAGUGGUAAAAACUCGGCUUUUCGGCUUAGGUGAAAAAGAACAACAUGUCUCAUAUCUCCCCAGAGAAGUGGAGCUUUCCUUCUAAUAAACUUGAGGAACAUCAACUGCGCUGUUCUUUCAUCCCUUAAAAAUGAAGGUGGAUGGAUUUAAUCAAGUUGCAGAGAAACUUUAUUAUAAAACGUGAUGACCUAGCUGGAUGUCCCAGCGUCAGACUUCGUGAUCCUCCACCUCCCUGACCUGAAACCCUGACCUGAGUUUGGACUUCACAGCACUGGGUGAAAACAUGACUACUGUUCCAUUCAUUCACCACAGAAUUGUGCAAAGAGAACAAAUCUACUUUUUAUUAAUGACGUGGGUGAUGAAGAGUGAAUCUGUGUGAAUUUGUUUGUGGAAGAUAGCCUCAUUGCCACAUGUUUGCUGCAUCUUCUGGUGCCAGAAGUGUCAAUAAUAGCAAACACUACAGCUCCUGGUUCGCCAUCUUUAAGUUAGGCCAUGUUUUACCAACUUUAUUUAAGAAACCUGCUGCUGUGUUUAACCUAAAAACUAUCAAGCUAGAGCCAGUUGAGGAUUAGUUUUGAGGUAUGAAAAGAAGCAACUUCCAACAACAUCCAUACUAAUCUAAAUUUACAAUCAUCUAUUAUUAAAUAAGCCCACUCGUUUCUUUGUAAGGUCUAUGACUGAAAAUAUUCCCCAUCUUUGUGCCUUCAUACCUGUUAAAAUCAGGACAAUUAUUAGAUGGAUUAAAGUAAAAUAUUAGAAAGUUGAAAAAUACUUAAUUUUUUUCAGUUUCCUUAUUUGACAGUAAAUGGCAUGAAAUGUGGAUUUACACGUCAGUGGUUAUAAACAUUUAAUAAUGUAAUGUUGCCAUUUCUGAGUAGCCUUUUAAGGCUGGACCACAGUUCUCUGUUCACUCUGCAGUAAACAUCUUCAUGAGAAAUCAGGUUGUUAUUCAGUUCAGUCUCAUUCUUCGUUUCCAACUGAGCUUUUUUGUUUUUGUUUUGGUGCUGAUGUUGUUCGUUUAGGCUUGUUUCGUUAAAAAAAAAAUAACAAAAGCCAAAAUGGUGAAACUGUUCUGAUUAAGGUUUGACAGUUUUAGCCCCCGUAACCUUUUAUUUUUUAUUCUUUUUCAUUUUUGUGUCUUUGACAUUGUCCCCUUAAUGAAAUUGAUCUUUUUCAGCCUCUCCUGACAUUGUUACUGAGAGUUUUGCUUUUGGGAGGUCUGUGGUAAAGUUGGKCUGCUUUGGUUUAAUUUACACAGUUUUUUACUUUACACAUCAUCAGAUUUACACAUGUGGAUUUAUUCCUGCAGCCAUGUUUCAGCCCAUAUUAGUUAACACAACAGUCUUAGGGUCACUCACCUUCAGGAGAAGUAAUUUUCCUUUGUUGCCCUAUUUUGAGAUUAAACUAAUUGAGAUUAAAGUAAAAAUGGUCAGAAUAAAGCAGUAUCAUUUCAAGAAUAAAAUUAAGUUUGAGGGAGCAGUGAACUAUGUUUUUAUUUUUUGUUAUUUUUUCACUGGUAAAUUUCAUACCCGCAUAAGCUGCUAGGAUUUUUGGAAAAUAUAUUUAAAGGUUAUAUGUAGCUCCAGAUAAAAGCUACAAAAAUUGUGUUUAUGUGCCAAAGUGGAAAGAAUUUGAUCUGGGCAACUUUAUUCUUGUUAUUUUGACUUUAUUGUUGAAAUAUAUUUAAACUUCAUUUUCAGCAUUUGGACUAUAAAAGGGACACUUUUUUGUCACUAAGCCUCUGUUGAGCUUUCAUGCCACCAGGGGAAACAACUUGAUUUAUUUGUUUGUUUGACGAGACAAAUCCAGCACUCUUCCUUAAAAAAUGUAGAUGAUUUACUUUUACACUUUUUUAUUCAGAUCUAAUGAUACACAAAAUAUACCACCAAUAACAAAUUUGUCCUGUACAAAAUCAUAGUAUGCACUUUCAUCAAUUUGCUAAAAUGUUUAUUUUUUUUUCGUAAUAGCUUCUUAAGGCAGAAGUAAAAGUUAUCCAUCUAAAUUAACAAAUUAAAUUAAAGUGUACUUGUUUGCUGGCAGAUUGAGUACAAAUUCCUCAGUAAAAAGAUAAAUGAGGACUCAGCGUAACCCAAACGCUGGAAUGUUUUCUGGAUGUUAAAUAGUGAAGAGAUAAGGUUUUGAUACUUGGAUGGUUCUGAAGUAUUUUACAUAUGAUUAUUUACAUGUUUUAACUGAAAGUAAAUAACUUCCAUAACAUUCAAUCCAUUGUUCUUUAUUAAUAAAGAACAAAUCAGGAUUUGAAAAAGUAACUUACAAAGUUCUUAGUUGGGAUUUGUUCUUUAUACAACACAGAUUUGUUAACAUAAACCUAAAUGAUGCAAAAAUAUAAGCAAAUGAUCAUUGAUAUUUAACUAAGUUCUAAUGCUGUGUGUGCUUAUAUAAUGUUUUAAAAAGUCUUUAUUUUACCAUUUUUACUGCUGACAAAAGAUUACUUCUCAAAACUGUUCAUAAAGCAGCUUUAAGUUCAUAUUUACAACAUAAAUGUCAACCCAAUGGACAACAUUGUGCCAAAUGAUGUAGCAAAACAUAAAAUAAUGUACCAAACAAAAUCAGAAACCAGCACAAGGUUUAUAAUGUUUUUAGACUUUAAAUGGAAAUGUUCAUCAGAAAUACAGGUCAUAAAACAAAUGUAAGGGUAAUGUUGGGCUUAUAUUUCAUAAAACAAGGCAAUUUUUUACCAGGUUUAUGAAAAACUUCACUCAUUACUGGUAAUGGAAAGUGACUCAGACACCAGCAGAAUGACACGAUGAAGAUGUUUGUUUUUAAUCACACCAAGGUUUAACAACUAUGUAUUAAUGUCACUGUGUGAAAAUAAGACUGAAAUAACUUAGGUGUAUUUAAAAAAAAAACCAGAUGGUUAAAUUUAUCAAAUCAUAUGUGGUACACCAAUUUAUUUGGAAAUACUGGUGUAUCUUUUUCAUGUAUUAAAUUAGUGUUUUCUAAUAUUUGGACAUUGAAAGGACAUUAAAAUGAAUAAUAUAAUAAUAAAGCCAUUUGUUUAGUUAAAA